UGGCUGCCGCUUUGUAUAAAUCAAAUGUGGGCCGCGUCAGCGGGCAAUCAAAACACACUCCAACUCGUCGGCGUGUCACUCAGUCGUCCACAAAGUCAAUCGCAAAGAACUUGAAAAGGAAUCUAUUUCCAGCGCACCUGGACUGGAGACAUGACCAAAGAGACUGAGACUCUGGGAGUGGUCUUUCAGAGCGAGAACUUCAACUAUAACCGCUACAACGCAAACUACAUGGACCCCUGGUCGUACAUGGAUAACCCAAUGCCCGAGGAGAACCUGGCCAAACCCAGACUCCACCCGGGAGACGACCUGGCGGCCAUUACCAUGCUUUACGAACAGUGCAAGAGCCAUAAGGAGCAGAAAGUUCCCGCCUGCAGCCGAAACAGUAGCAUCUUCAAACCAACAGAGAGGACUCCCAGCAACGAUCUCGUCUCAUUGGAGACGUCGGCCAAUGUCAUGAAGAUCCUUUCCGAGAGCGUUCCCGCCAGCUAUUCCCUUGAGGUCUUAGGAUCCAAGCAGAACCCCUCGCUGGCCGUCACCCUGCCCCCCAACGCCGACACCUACGCCACUCUGACCAGCGUGGCGGCGGACAGCGACAAGCAGGAUCUCAAUAACAUUUUCGACUCUCUGCUUCAGAAGUGGCCGGAGAGCAGCGCGUUCCCCGACCACAGCGCCGAGACUCUGACCUACAACGAUCCCUUCCCCGAGGACCACUCCAGUCCCGUCUACUCGGGCUCCUACUCUGGUUCCCCGCCGGAGACAUUCAGGAGCGAGUUCCAAUUUUCCUUGGGCGCUCCCUCGGCCUCCCCUUACAAAUCCAGCGAGUUACCCAUGGUCUACCUAAAUAAGGGGCAAUUCUACCCCAUCACUCUGCAGGGAGUGGACAGCAGCGCCUGCAUGACUGCUACCAAAGUCAAGACGGUGGUGAUGGCCGUGUUCGAGAAUGAUAAGACGCCCGAGAUGCAGCUUCGCUUUUGGAACCACUGGCACGCACGCCAGCCGACUGUCAAGCAGAGAGUCAUUGACAUCGCGGACUACAAAGAAGUCUUCACUGGCAUUAGCAACAUCGAGGAGGUCGCCUUCAAUGCCCUCUCCUUCAUUUGGAACCCCCAUGAAGAAGCCAAGGUGUUUAUCGGCAUCAACUCGCUAAGCACCGACUUUUCAUCGCAGAAGGGUGUGAAAGGCCUGCCUCUCAACCUGCAGAUCGACACGUAUGACUUCAGCUCGGGGAACAAUCAGCUCAUACACAGAGCCGCCUGCCAAGUCAAGAUUUUCUGCGAUAAGGGGGCUGAGAGGAAGAUGCGUGACGAGGAGAGAAAGAGGACCAAGAGGAGGGGCAAGACGAACAAUGACGGCAAUGCCAAGUCUUUAGUGAGCAGUUCCAUGGGCAGCGACUGUACCUUCUUCCAGACUGUGGAUGAUCACAUUACCCAGCCAGUCCUCUUUAUCCCAGAAGCACAUCUGUCCAGUUUACAGCGCAUAACCACGCCCAUGGAAGAGAACGAAAGAAACUCUCUGAAGCGAUUGUACUCGGAAAGAGAGCAGAGCAGCUCUCCACCUGGCAAGCAAGCGCGCAGAGACGAUUCCCAAAAAGUUCUGCUGUACGUGAGGAGAGCCGCCGAGGAGGUUUUCGACGCGCUCAUGCUCAGCACGCCAACGGUGUCGGGCCUACGAGAAGCUAUUUCAGAUAAGUACGGCAUGCAAGAAGACACCAUUGGGAAAAUUUACAAGAAAUGCAAACGAGGAAUUUACGUCAACAUGGACGACAUCAUUAUCGAACACUAUACCAACCAGUCCGCUUUCCUCAUCGAGAUGUCGGAGGUGGUCAGCGGUCAGUUCCAGGUCACUCUCAUUGAAGUAUGAUGACGUCAUUACGCCGACAUCCCUAAAGCACUACGCCAUCCGCGAGGAGAAGAACAAAAUAAGCCAGCCAGCUGCGGACUGACCAAAACAACGAGACACCUGAGCUGACCUUUAAAUUUCAGACGCAAAUAUCUCCAAUUUUGUAAAUAACGCCAUAUCCCAGCCCCCCCACCCCACCCCCAUCCUCCUUGUUCUUAUUUGUCAAAGCAAUUAUGAUGUUCUACUUGUACAUAUUCGUUUGUAAAUACGUUUUAUGAUGACAGUGUUUUAUAAAGUACCAUUUUUACAAUUCAAUGUAUUUCAGAUGAACGUGGCGCUCCGUAGCAUGAUUUGCAGUGCGCUCCGGCAAUUUAGCAUGAGCAGAUUGCCAACACCAAGGGCGUGUUGUUAUUUUUCUUUUGAGUACAUCACACAAAAAAAAAAAACGAAAAGCCUGCCGAUAGCGUUUCUCAACUGCUACUUCCUCGAAAGGUUUCCCGGCAGUUUCAGCACGAAUGAAUUCACAAGCAAACGUCACACAUUUCCCUCCGUCAAACCAAAAGCAGAGUUAGUAUUGGUCAUCAUUUAGCCCCAAAACUGUGGACAUUUCCUGUUUGUUUGGUGGAGACUGUAGGUCCGUCUUUGGACUUUCAUAGUAUGGAUGUCAUGUUUGUGUUUGUGAACGAGUGUGUGUGGGUGCAUGUGUGUGUGAGAGAGAGUGUGUGUGUGAGUUUUUUUUGUGCUUUCUGAUAUAUUAUCAUUUCAAAGCAAACAUGUAUCCCUGUAAUAUUUCAUCAUAUAAGCAAAAGGCAAAUGGUUGCAUUAGUCAUAUUUUGCCAAUUGUUUUGUACGAAAAUAAACAAGUGUAUGAGA